AAGCUCUUUUCAGGUGCUUGACCUGGCAUUUAACAAAUUAUCGGAGAUAACCACUGAUACUUUCGCAGGAUUAGAAAGUCUGCAGCACUUGAAUCUUGAAAGCAACAAUAUCCAGUCGAUUGCUCCUGGAGCGUUCGCAGGAAUUCCACUAUUACUUCUAUGGCUACCUAACAAUUGUUUGGAUACAAUCAGCCCAACAACUUUCCAAGGUGCACUAUUCUUGCGCCAGCUGUCACUUGCUAACAACAAUAUCAAGGAUAUCCAGCCUCUUUCAUUCAAUCAUCUCGCAAAUCUCCACACCAUCGAUCUCGCAAAUAACAAAAUCCAAUCUCUCCAGCAAGGUGCAAUCCAGGGAACUGAUCAUCUUACUGUUCGGUUACAAGAAAAUCCUAUGGUCUGUUCACAAGACGGUUUCCACGUCAUGAAUGGCCCUCAAGCUAUAAAUUUGACAACAGAGCCCAACAACAUUUGCAAAACAAAAUGGCAAGAGGAGACUCCCGACAUUUGUCCAAAGGCUCUGGCACGCCCUGCACAGCCACCCUGCUGUAAUCGAAAACCACCCACUACCACCGCAGCUCCAACGACGACAACUGCAGCAAUAUCGACAUCAUCGGAGGAGGAUACGACAACUUCUGCAGAAGAAACAACAUCUUCAAACGAAGAAACAACGCCUUCCAAGGAAGAAAAAGACGAUGAAGAGGAAGCGAAAGAAGAGGAUGACGAAGAAGAGAGUAAAGAAGACGAGGACGAAGAUGAAGACGGAUACGAUUCAGAUACCGAAGAGACAGAACUUAGCCAAGAUUCGGUAACAACUGAACCCACCACGACCACAACAACAACUGAAGCGACAACCACAACUUCAAAGGUGAACAUGGAUCGGUUCUGGAGACUCUCGCAUAAACCUGCAGCAGGAUCGCCUUUCAUGAGGCAUCAAGUGAAUUCGGCUAUGAAACCGAAAUAUCUUAUAACGGUUCGUCCCAGAAUUAAUAAAUAUGGAGAGAGAUAUAUAGAAUGUGUUCAUAUUCAGACUGCGCCGCCAGCACCACAAGAAGAGGAGGAAGCUGAAGAGGACGAAGAAGAUGAUGAUGAAGGAGCAGAAGAGGAGGAAGAGGAAACAACAACGCGAAAAGAUUCUCGACGAAUUCCUGCAAGAAUACGUGAGCGACAAAAGAUGCUUGGCAAAAUGCCGCCAUGGCUGCGAACAUCAUCCAAAAACAAAAGUGAACCAGAAGAGGAAUUUAAUGAGGACGAGGAAAGUGAAACUGUACAAGUCAACGAUCAGUCCAAGCACUAA